AACUAAUCGCCGUAUGAGGGACACCCGCACAUCAGGCUCCUUUAAAUUGACAAGGAAUUGGCCGGUCGAGAUGGCGGCUGAAUCCGAGAUUGCGAGAUGGUAUCGAGGAAAGACGGUUUUCAUAACUGGGGCGACGGGUUUCAUGGGUAAGGUACUCUUGGAGAAACUGCUACGAUCCUGCCCGGAGAUCGGACCGAUCUACAUCUUGGUCCGUGAGAAAAAAGACGUUCUCUCCCACGAGCGGGUCGAGAAUAUGCUGACAUCCGAUCUCUUCAACGAACUUCGGAAUUUCGGGAUCAUCCAUGGGGACAGAGUCCACGCCAUUCCCGGGGACGUCAGCCUUCCAGAGCUGGGAAUAUCCCCCGAAGACAGACGCCUCCUUCAGGAUACGGUGUCCGUGGUUUUCCACGUCGCAGCCACCGUCAGAUUCGACGAGCACCUCCGACUCGCUGUGGCGAUGAAUUUCGAGGGCACCAAAGCAGUGCUACAGCUUUGUCAAGGGAUGGCGCAACUUGCUGCCAUAGUCCACGUCUCCACUGCCUACUCUAAUUGCGACCUUUCCGUUAUCGAGGAGCGUGUAUAUCCGCCGCCUGCGAACCCUACCAAGGUCCUGCAGUGCGUCGCGGGACUGGACGACGAUGCCUUGGAUUUCGUAACGCCAAGGCUGAUAUACGGCCAUCCAAAUACCUACACUUUCACCAAAGCCCUGGCUGAGGACAUCGUCGCAAAGCACUCUACCGUUCUGCCAAUUGUUAUCGUGAGACCUUCAAUAGUGGCAGCAUCUUGGAAAGAGCCGAGACCAGGAUGGGUCGACAAUUUCAACGGGCCAACUGCGCUCGUAGUUGGAGCAGGCAAGGGUCUGCUGACGAGCAUCUACGGUCGAAAGCAUGUAAUAGUUGACAUGAUACCCGUCGACGUUUGCAUUAAUUUGUUCAUAGCUGCCGCUUGGGAGAUGGGUACGAGGAAGAGUAGCAAGCUUGUAUCGGAUAUCCGCGUCUACAACUGCGUCUCUGGUCCAUUUAAUCCGUUAACAUGGAACGAUUUUAUAACACACAUGACUCCCUGUGGAACAAAUUAUGCGAUGAGUGACACGAUCUCGCCACCCGAUAUCGUUAUGACGUCAUCAAGAAUCAGACACGCAUUCAGGACAUUUUUUUAUCAAUCGAUAGUUGCCCACGUGGGAGACUUUAUCAUUCGGUCUUCAGGCGGUAAGCCAAAACUGAAACACUAUCAACAAAAAUUGAAUCACAUGGUCUCAUUACUCGAGUUUUUUACCACGCACGAAUGGGAGUUCAAAGCGAACAAUGUUAAGCAGCUAAAUGACCGAUUAAAUUCAGCCGACCAGGAAAUCUUUGGUUUUGAUAUAAGUAAGAUAAACUGGAAAGACUACGUUGUGAGCUACUACAUCGGUAUAAAAAAAAAUGUGCUGAGAGAAGAAGACGACGCGAUUCCUGCUGCUCAGAAAAGGAUUGCGGCGUUUAAAUUUGUGGGAAACACUUUCAAGGUUGGUCUCAUGCUCUCUAUCAGUAUGUAUUUAUUGAGAUAUUACAAUUUGUCGAAGUUUCGAAAAAUCAGGUAACUUACAAAAUGUUGACAAAAUCAACCUUCAAGAAUUCAAUACGAUGCUUUCUUGUAUCCCUGCUUUGUUAACAUACAGAAUGCAUUAUUUGCAUUUAUUUAUUGCUCUUAUGUUUCCUCCUAAAGGAAUGAUAAUGUAGAUAACUAUUGUUCAAAAAUAAAUCAACAACCACAAUUAUAUUGAUAGUAAUAUUUUUCCUAACAUUUAGUUCGCAUAUCAUCAUACACAUUUAUAUGUGACAUGGCUACGCUGUUACGUGA